AUGGCACAUAUAAACUUCGUGAUUCCUGGGCAUAAAAACGAGUUGUUAAAUGUAAAUGACGACUAUUAUGUUAGGGACACUUUGGGACCGAAGGAUCUGGUUUUGAAACUUAAAGCUGCCAAAACUCAGCUUAGAGAAGAGGGUGCCGAGUUUAUACUUGAUUGUUUUGAUACAUACUAUUCAGUUUUACAUCAUGGAGAUACUGUGUCCAUGGACAUUAUGUACAAAGCGUAUGAAGAUUUACAUAAAGGUGCAACUGAACUUAACAAAUCACUGGGGUUCUUAUUGGAGGACAAGGAAAGUUUAAAUGAUGAGAUUAAAUUGAAAUACUGCAAUAUAAUGAAAAUGUUGUUGUAUGCAUACACACAAGUUAUUCUAUUAAUAGAACAAAAGACUGAGAGUAAAAACCCAACAAUUGGCGGGAAAGGAAGGAAAAAAGCAAAAGAUAAUGAUGAUGAUUAUUGUUUGGAAAAAAACAGUAUCUUGUUGGUUCUAAACAAAAUUUUGCAAUGGGAAAUAUGUUUAUUCUGGGACCCUCCUAUUGUUGAGGAAAAUUUUAUUGCCAUGGUGUCCGAAAUUUGCUACAGGUUCUUGCAAAGCCCUUCUGUAAAAGCCAAUAAAGAGCUCAAAUCGGAAAUAUUUCAUCUUAUUGGGACACUAAUAAAAAAUUAUAACCAUGGAACGACAUUUAUAAUCAGAAUGGUGCAAUUGAUAAAAAUGCAUGAGCAUUUAGUACAAAUUUUACCUGAAGGAGUACAAAAGUUAGUUUUAAAUUUUAAUUGUAAGGGAUUGGUUCAUGAUCUAGUUAGAGAAGUUACUGAAUGGCAAACUGAAGAAAGGUUUCAAGAUUCUCAAGGAGCCAAAUUUUGUGCUAAAGUUUUGUCAGAAAUGGCAAUAUUAAUGCCUGACCUUCUUAUUCCAGAAUUGAUGUAUUUAAAUAGAUAUUUAGGAUAUGAUUCUGCUACCUUAAGAAAUUCCGUGUUAAAUGUAAUAACAGAAGUAAUUUUGAACGUUUUAACAAACCAUGAAUUGACUGAUGAACAAAGGGAAUCCAGAGAUGAAUUUUUCAAUAUUUUAUUGGAUCACAUAAAUGAUAUAACAGCGCAAGUUCGUUCAAAAGUAAUACAACAUUUUGCAAGAUUACAAAAAGAAAAUGCCAUCCCUAUAGGCAAACAGUAUGAUAUAAUAGAAAAAGUAAUUUUUCAUUUGGGGGAUAAAGGAGCCUUGGUCAGAAGAAGUGCAAUCAAUUGUGUCACCACCUUUCUGUCACACAAUGCUUUUAGUGCAAAUUUAUCCUUAUCAAAAAUGGAAGUAGAACUGGAAAAAAAUCAAAAAGAACUGGAUGAACUAAAGCAAAGAUUCGAAGGCGUAAAAUUGGCGACCUUGGAAAAAAUCGAAGAAGAAUGGAACAGCAAAAAAGAUGGUCUGAAGAAAGCCAUUGAUGAUGAGCUCAAAGAGGACAAUGAUGAUGAUGAUGAAGAUAAAGAAAAUGAUGAUCAAUCAGGAAUUCCAAAAGAGGAAAUACCUGAUUUGAUCAGGCUUUAUUUAAAUGAAAAUAAAUUUAAGGACGCCUUCAAACUUUGCAAAUAUGCCGGAAAAAAUAAUGAAGAAUGGCAACAGCUUAAAGAAAAUGAAGAAAACAGCGAAGUAGAUAUGUACCUCUUAAUCCUUCGUACCAUUUUCAUAAACGUCGGAAAACUCGUGGAAAACCUUAAAAACGAGAUUAUCCAAGGGGGCGUUAAAAUGACUAAAGAGGAUUUUAAAAAACUGGAAACGUUAGAAGCCAACGCCGAAUAUCUAAACGAUUCGGUUAAAUUUUUGAAACUAAUCGACGGUUCCAUACCCGUUAUGAUCGAACUGUUGGAAACUACGACCAUAGGUGAUAUGCAGGAGGCCGUCGAUUUUUUUAUCACUGCGUAUCAGUUUAAUAUCGAUAGCGCACAGACGGGUGUUCUUGCCAUGUUAAGGAUAAUGCAGAGGAAUGAGCAAGAGAGAAAGGAUACCAUUGUAGAUGCUUUUAAGACAAUUUAUUUGAACACAGACUCCAAGAAUAUGACCGAACACACCACUACAGUAGUCAACCGCCUCAUAGGGCUCCUAAAAUCGGUACCGGUGAACAACGAAGACGACUUGCAGCAAAUCAUAUCGGACUGGACGGUGAAAGGCACGCUCGACAACAGCGUGAUCGACGUGCUCUGGCAAUACCUGACGAAAAAGCUGCCGGUGUCGGACGACGAUUCGCGAGCCGCCGUCGAACUGCUGCGAAUGGCCGCAUUGGGCCGGCGCACCAUAGUAUCGAAGAACAUCAAGUUGGUGGCCACGGUGGGUUUCAAGGAGCGCGGCGCCAGCAACAUGCUGUUCCUGGGCAGCUGCUGCGAUUUGCUGGCCGUGGCCGGAAGGGAAAAGUUGGACGUCACCAGUAAAAAUCCGCCCUUCAAAAUCAAGUACACCGACGAGGUCUUUAACGAUUUAACGGAAAUUCUGGUGGAAAAGUUCUUUGAACCUGUGGAGUAUUAUUAUAAAGCCCUUUCUGGGGCCAUGGAUUUUAUAUAUAAGUUAUGUUCUAAGCCGGAAAGAAUCUGCGAAAUAAUAAUAUCUCGCGUUAUGGAAAGAUUGGUUAAAAAUUUGAAUGCCACCGAAGAAGUUGAUCUUGAGUCUCACAUAAUAGUUAGAAUUUGCCAGCUGCUUGGUUUUGUGGCGAUCAAACAUUUAGAAUUUCUCGACGACACCGUCUAUAAGGAGUUAAAGAGGAGAAACAACAUUAGGGAUGAAAGGAAAGAAAACAAAAGAACAACCAAAGGCAGUAAGGCUAAAGAUAAAAAAAAGAAAGCUCUUAGCAGCACUGCCAAUGAGAGUGUUCUAAAUUCCACCUCAGCUUCGGUAUUGGAUGAGAGCACUCUAGAAGGUGCGCAAGCGGAAGAUACAGACGCAGAAUUUAUAUUAAACGUUUUGGAAAAUGAUACAGUGUGUGGUUCAGGAGGUUUGGGUAAAUUAGCAUACAUUGUAAAAAAUAUUUGCCAAAGACCAGAUGUUUAUGAUGACGUUAUGAUACAGGGUGCUGCAGUUAUAGCCCUAAUAAGGUUUAUGUUAGUAUCUGGUAGGUUUUGUGAAGACAAUAUACAGCUAUUAUUCACAAUUUUUGAGAAAACCGCAUAUCCAGAAGUUAAGUGUACUAUUUUAGUUCAUUUAUCAGAUUUGUUGACACGAUUCCCCAAUAUCAUAGAACCAUGGACUCCAAGAAUUUACAAAAGGCUUAAGGAUCCUGAUUACUCGAUUAGAAAAGCCACUUUUUUUACAUUAUCAAACUUAAUCCUAAGAGAUAUGAUCAGAGCUCAUAGUCAUAUAUCGGAAAUGGUUUGCUGUUUUGUCGAUGAAGAUAAAGAAUUAAGCGGGAUGUGUAAAACAUUCUUUAUUAAUUUGUCGCAUAAAGAAAACAAUCUAUACAACGUUUUACCCGAUAUUUUCUCACAUUUAAUGGAAAUUUCCGACAUGUCAGAGGAAGACAUUAAAGGAACCAUGAAAUUUUUGUUUAAUCUUAUGGAUAAAACAAAGCAUAUGGAAAAUUUGGUGGAGAGAUUCUGUACUAAAUAUAGACUCACUGAAGACAUGAGGCACCAUCAAAAUAUUACAUAUUGUCUUACCCUUAUUAAUUACAACGAAAAGGCGUUAAAGAAAUUGCAGGAAAAUUUCCACACAUACAAACAUUUAGUCCACGAUCAAGAAAUUUAUGCCUACUUUAAAAGUAUAAUGCAAAAUGCUGGCAAGCAACAAGUUGGAAAAACAGAUCUCAAACCAAUUAUAGCUGAAAUAGAACAAAGCAUAAACUCAGUGUUUGAAUUAAAUGAAGAUGGUCAAAUGAGGCCACCACCAGUCCCAAAAUCGACCAGAAAAGCAAGAAGUAAAAAAACACCAUUAAAGAAAAAAACCAAUAGAUCCAAACGUAGAAAACAGAGCUUUCCAGAUUCAGAUUCUGAUGAAUAG